AUGUCGUUCUUCCUCCACGAGAUCCUCGGCCUCGGCGACGGCGACGAGAGGAGGGCCGCGGCGCGGCGGCGCGCGUCGACGCCGAGCGCGCGCGGGGCGCCGGGCCCGAGGAGCGACGGCGACGCGGGGGCGGGUCCUGGAAAGGUUCCUAAAAAGACUCGAGCAAUCCCGGUCGCCGAGCUCGCCGCCCCGACCCGGCGCUCCGUCGGCGCGAACCUCCCGCCGCCCCCGCCGCCCAUCGCGGUCAAGAAGACCCCACCCGCGAGCCCCGCGCGUCCACCCCGACCCUCGCCGGGGCAGGAGGUGGUCGACGCCAUCCGCGACGCGCUCGCGGCGAGAAACAACAACGAAGAAUCCGCCCCGAACGGACGCGACGACGAACGAACGACGAUGCGCGACGAUGACGCCCGGGUGCGACGACGCGGGCACUUCCCGCCGAGCCACACCCCCGGCGGAACGAGACGGUCGUUCACAGGCGUCCGCGACCUCCUCGAGGACCUUCGCGCGGCGAUAGACGACGCGACGCUCAUGGAACAGCAGAGCUCGCGUUGGACGCCGAUGGAUGCCGAGAUCGACGCGGGGUGCAGGGCGCAGGCGGCGUCCGCGUGCGCGCUCGUCUGGUCCGCGCUGGACGCCUUCCAAGCCGACACGCACCAGCACGAGGACCAGUUCCUCGCCCACGGAGGCGUGGAGCUCCUGUUGUUGACGAUGCGAACCUUCCCGCUGGACCUGAGGGUCGUGUCGGCGGCGGCGGGCGCGUGCCUGUCGCUCGCCCGGGACUCGCCCGCGGGUCGAAGAGCGCUGGAGCGUUUGGGCGGUCGAAAGGCGGUGCGCGCGGCGAUGUGCGCGCACCCGGGGGUGAACUUCGGCGGGGCGUUCGCGGGGCUGCGCGCGUGGCUGGACGGGGAGGAGGGCGAGAUCGGGGAGGUUAACAACGCGGAGGUGAAGGAGGGAGCGAAGGGGGGGGACAACGGAGUCGGCGACGCCGCCGCCGAGGCGUUCAUUCGGUCACGGACGACCGGCGUGGGCGACGCGUUCGACCACCCGGGGGACGCGUCACCGAACGACGACGACGCGGAAGGGGACGGGGACGGGGACGAAAAGUCGGCACCCGGGGACGAUGACGGGGACGGGGAUGACGAUGACACAGCUGGCGACAACGAGGACGAAAACGAGUUUGACGGGUUCGGGGGCGAGUGGGCGCGGUUCGACCUCGCGCUCGCGCGACUCGCCAAGGUGACCCGCGCGCUCAAGGUUCGCCGGCUCACGUUCCAGCCCGUGCUGGAACGCACGAGGGGGAACCUGCACCCCUGCGCGCUGUGGGCGACGGUGACGGGCGUUCGGGAGCCUCCGUCGCUGAGGUAUUACGUCGGCGGCGGGCCUCGAACGACUAGGGCGGAGAAAAAGUCGGGCAAGACGCUGGAACUUCGCGAGCUCAUCGAGGUUACCAGGGGGGUGAGCACCACGAGUUUGCUGUCGCACGCGCCAGCGCGCGGCGCGGCGCGGUGCCUCGCGUUGCGGUUCUCGUCCAAGACGGUCAACCUCGUCUUUGGGACCAAAAAGGAACGGGAGAGGUUCGCCAAGGCGCUCGGCCUCGCCGCCGCGCACGUCAAGAGCCUCAUCGGCUGCGACGGGGUCAACGUCGUCGCGCGUCGGCACGCCGCGGUCGCCGUGAUGGGCCUGAACCGGAAGGACCUGGACGGCGCCGGUCCCGACGCGCUUCCCACGCAGCUGUGCGCCGCCGAGUACGAGCUCGACAAGUCUCUGGCCCGGGGCGAGUGCAGGGUUUGCGCGCCGCGAUGCGACGGACGGUUCUGCGCGCGCCAGGUGGACGAGGUUCGCGUCGCCGCGGGGGCCAGACGGUGGCAAUCCGCGCACUCGUUCAUCGCCCGACGCGCGGCGGUUGAGGAGAGACGGGUCAAGGUGCUGGCGGCGGUUUUGGAACGGCUCAAGGCGUCCCGGGAAGAAGCGCCGGACGCGAACGGCGCCAAUCUCAUAGAGUCCAUCUCGGGGCGUCGUAAAAGCGACGGGUCCGAGACGGAGCUCGGUAAGAGCGACAAGCCCGAGACGGAGCUCGCGGUGGAGGCGCAGCUGGCGACCGCGGCGAGACGCGCGCGACACCUGGCGAUCAAGCAAAGGGAGGCUCGGGGAAAGAUACCCUUUGCCGGAUUCGCCGCGGCGCUGCGACGGAUCGAGACGGCCCCGGCGAAAAAACCCGCGGCCAGCGUUCACGACUCUAGCCGCAGCGUCAACGGCGAGGACGACGACGAUACGGGGGCUGGACCCACGCGUUUACCAGGGAGGGCGUUUACCAGGGAGGAUGCGAGCGCUCUCGUCCGCUCCGCGCUCGGCGGCGUCGACUCGGCGUGGGCGGCGAUGCGAACGAUGGAGGCGCUCAUCGAACCCACCGACGACGCCGCAGCGGCGGCGCGGGAGCAUCUCGCCGCGGAGGGCGCCGUGGAGGCGUGCGCCGCGCGGGUUAAGGGCGCAAACGUACGACGCGGUUUUGGCUUUGAGAACCAAAACCAAAACCAAAACUUUGGCGACGACGGGAACAUAACCCGCGACGAGCGACUCUCCGCGCUGGCGACGCUCUGCCUCGCGUACAUGUUUCGCGACGCCAAAAAUGCGGGCGCUUUUCUCCGACACAACAGCUCGGCGCUCAAACCCCUCGCGGAUACCCUCGAGUCCCUGGCGCACUCCGCGACGGCGCGAAGGGUUUGGCUAGCGAGAGACGCCGAGGUCAAGGCGGCGGAUGCGGCGCGAGCGUCGCUGGUUUCUGGAACGGUUUCUGGAACGGUUUCUGGAACGGAGGACGCGAGCUCCGUCGGGGAGCUCGGGGACGAUCAGACGAGCACGAGGCGGCGGUACCGAAAGGCUCGACUGGCGGUUGUAGCGGCGGAUAAGGCGCGGGAGCUCGCCGACGCCCCCGUCGUUCCCCCGUUUGGCGUCCGCGAGACGGCGAGCGCGCUCGCGAACCUCUGCGCGGGGUCCGGCGGCGCCGCCGUGGCGGCUCGCGAUUGGCUGGCACGCCGGGGGGGCGUCGCCGUCGCGUUGCGAUUGGUUCGCGAGCUCUGCGCCAACGGCGGCGCGCCAGCUGUACAAGUUGACGGUUCGAGCUCCGGCGGCGGCGACGCGUUGAAGCCGGUGCUCGUCUUGCUUCGUUCGUUGUCCGCGUCUCACGGGACGUUCGGGGUUUGGGACGGGGGGGUCGGGGACGGGGGCGGGGGGAUCGGUGCCGACUCGGGUGCCGACUUUGGUGCCGACUUUGGCGCCGACGUGGUCGCCGACGCGGUCGUCGACAAAGAUAACGUAAGACUUUUGUCGGACGCCUUCCGGGCCGCGUCCGCCGUCCGCGGCGUCCAAUCAAAAACAACCGUCGCGCUGAUGUGGACGUCCGCGAACCUCGCGAGGGUCGGCGGGGCGACGGGGCGGGCGUCAAUGCGCGCGGCGGGUGCGCCCGCGUGGAUCGCUCGCGUGUGCUCCGAGAUGUCCGCCGCCGAAGCCGUCGCCGGACUCUCCGGACUCUCCGCGGCGACCGCUGACCCGGAGCUCGAGAGAGCCGCCGCCGACGAGGCUGACGCGGCGCUCGCGGCGCUCGCGGCGACGACUAACCUGUGCGCGGGGAACGACGCCGAGGCUGACGCCUUCAGGGUAUCGAAUCGGGAGCUGGCGGAGACAAUCAGGUGCGUCGCGGAGGAGGAAUCGAAUGCGGCGGGGGGAAUCGCGAGCCCCGUUCGGCGAGCGGCGAAUGCUGUCGGGACGUCGCUGGACCGCGCGCAGGCGAGGGCGCUCGCGCGGGUGAAGGCGGCGAUUCGCGAGCGGGACGCGGAGGCGCGCGUGGGUGCGUGGGCGCGCGUCGAGGGCCGCAUGCACGUGGCGCGGCACCUCUGA